AUGCUUUUAGAAUCACCAGCCACAAAGCCGGCUGUCUAUAUCCCUUCAACCCCUAAUCCUCGAGCUUUCGGUUUACUCUCCAACUUGGCCACAACACCACAACACCUCAAGGACAAGACCACCUUUAUUCCUCGCGUCUUGAGCAGAGCUGCUGCGGAGGACUUAUCUAAAGACGUCGUCGAGAUGGAUACUCCGCUCUAUCGAUCUACAGUCGGGGCGUCUCCAUACACAUCUGCCGAGAGAUGUGGGCUAACGAUACCAAUAGCUAAUUCUGCUCUCCAAGAAGCUGUCCUGGCCCGUCUUACCAGCUCCUUGUGCAACUGGCAAGUCGACUUUAUGAAGCUUGUCAGUGCGGACGACCGCCAAACAAACCUCUCUGGUAUCCCUCUUCCGUCACUGCAUGCCCCCGGGUAUAACCCCAGUGGCCUAUGGCCAACUGAUAACAACCUUCUCGCCGGGAAAACCAGGUCGACGAAAGCCAGUGCAGACGAAUGGCACGUCCGGCGAGAAGACAACCUUUCGGAAGAGAGUGGGAGACUCUUAAUCUCUCGAGUAGGAAUAAAUCUUCGGUCUGCUAUCAAGAAGCUGAACGCCCCUCCUUUAAGACUCAAGUCUGUCAAUACGAGAAGCGCAAAGGGUAAGAACGCAGAUUUCAAAGAGGCAGAAGGCGAGAGUCGGGUUGACAAGAACCCAUGCGGCAACAUCACGUCACGGGAGCGGGAGCUCGGCGUCACCACGUACUGCAAUUGCAAGGUCGACGGAGGCCAAUGCCGCCGCAUGGCUCAUCCGGCUUUCGGCGAGCGCAGGGGGGACAUGGGAUUCACGUGGGCCUUUCAGAAGGUACCGGACCGUGCAAGAGAGAGAGAGGAUAACCGGGCUAACAACGAGGAGGAGCAGGAAGGGAUGUCGAAUUCUACACCCGACAAUAUGAUGUUCAACUGUGGCGGUGGAGUCGGCGGAGUCGGCGGUCAGCUUGGAGCUGGCCGUCGGGGUGCCAUUGAUAUAGGAGGAUCGAGGGAUAGCCGAGCUAGAAACCAGGUUCGGGAUCAGCCUAUGGGUGGAGUCCUCAUGGACAACACGGGCAACGGUGCCAAGAAAAGAAAUAAGGUAGAGGAUACCAGUACCGUCGACAAGGAGAAUGACUUCGACCAACCUCUGCUUGAGGCCCGAUAUCAGGACCAAGCAAACCUUUCCGAUAUCUUUCUUCCGUCAAUGCCCCAAUGA